GAAGUGUACAAUUACAAUAGGCCGAAUGGAGAGAAGACCAUUGAUCGGCGCGUGAUUUUGAACAAAUGGAUGGUAACGAUGUCCUCGAUUAAAGUAGGAUUUUCUCAUUAACCAUUUUUCUUAAAUGGCCAGUGAGCAAUACAUGUAUCUGAUUCCUGAAAAAUGUUGAAGGAAAAGGUUGCAAGUAGCUGAUGGCAUUAUAGAGUGCUUGGAAUUCCAGCUUGAGUGCUUGGCAAAAGCGUCAGCAAUCUGCUGAUUAAGUAUACCUUGUCGACAGAGAAUUGAUUGGACAUCAUGGCCGCAAAUGGUGAGAAAACUGCAGGUGAGACGAAUGGCAGUGAGGCCUCAGGAAACAUCCUGAUAAAACCUGAUGGUGGUGAUCACCAAGGCCAAAGUGGCAACCAGUCUGCAGGAACGGUUCGUCUUGUGAGUGGAGCCACAGGUGGAGGUGGCGGUGUCCCACUGCAAGUCCUGACCCCUCAGAUGCUAGCGAGCCUCACACAGCAAGGACUCAUCAUCCAAAAUGACGGCGAUAGCAAAGGAAUCCUGCAAGCCGUCAAACGGGCACUGCCGUCAUCUUCUGCAGAGCAAACUGUAACAAAGGUUGUGAUCACACGCAACCCUGGGCACAAAACGUCCUCAGCGAACGUGUCCGGAACGAACCCUUCGUUUAAAUUGCAAGGUGAUUCCAAGCUGCUGGGGAGUGGGUCGCCCAUUAAGGUCAUAACUGUGUCACAAGGAAGCAACAUUCCAAAGGGUGUGGUCAUUGCAAGCUCACCUAGUAAACAGACUAUCGCUCCAUCAAAUAAGAUAGCACUACCUCCCGUAAAAAGCCCUGGAAAGACAAUCAUGCUCGCGAGUUCCACAACACCGAAAAAGAUUGCACCUGCAUCGAACUCUGGCUCAGUGGGACAGACUAUUUUAGUGAAGGGAAGCAUGGGUUCGACUCCAGGAACAAUCACAUUGAGCUCGGGGGCUGUAGCCAAAGUCAUCAAUGUUAUGAACACAACCGUUGCCUCAUCACAGGUAUCUGGAGUCGCUCCUGGCUCGGCUGUCCCUGUUCAGAUCCACACCGCAGGUCAAGUGCAGCCCCAGCUAGCCCCAGGUGUGACCACCCUCAGACCAGCAGGCAAUCUCCCCGGUCAAGGGAAUGUUCAAGCGGUCAGUAUGCCAGGGAAAUCCUUUCCAAUUGUCCGACUCGUGACCGUAUCAACAAACACCACCACCACUGCAUCACAAGCUAAGCCAGUCAUCCAGCUGGCCAAUGCCAAGCCCAUUGCUCCAGCCCCUGUCAUAGCUCAAGCCCCAACCCCCGCUCAGGCCCAAACCCUCUCUUCCUUGACCACACUGACCUCCACUGGUCAAGUGGGAGGGGCAGCCCCCAGGACUAUCAACAUACCCAUAGCACCGGCUCAGAAUGUCAACAAAGGCACUGCGCAAGGAGGGACUGGUAACCAGCCACGGUUCAUUAUGCCGGCCAAUGCCCAAUUGAAGAUCAUCAAUGCGGGAAAACUAGCACCAGGCACCACGCUGUUAUCGGCAGGCGGCAAUCUACUGCAGAGCUACGCCGUGAUACCGGCUCACUACCUUUCACAGACGACGUCGAGUCAAGCGCAGGUGACCACCCAGUCCAGUUCUUCCUCCUCAUCCUCCCAGUCCAGUAGCACCAGCAACAUCCAGCCAUCACAGCCCCAGCCGGCCCCCAUCAAACACCCCAGCACAGCCAAUAAUGGGAUGUUGGCUGGAGACGGGACUGGAAACAGGCCACGCAAACCUUGCAACUGCACCAAAUCUCAGUGCCUCAAACUGUACUGCGACUGCUUUGCUAACGGGGAGUUCUGCCGCAACUGCAAUUGCAACAACUGCCUCAACAACUUGGAUCACGAAGACGAACGAACCAAGGCGGUCAAGGCCUGCCUGGACAGGAACCCUAUGGCCUUUCACCCCAAGAUAGGCAAGGGGCACAACGGUCAGACGAACAGACGGCACAACAAGGGGUGCAACUGCAAGCGAUCGGGAUGCCUGAAGAAUUACUGCGAAUGCUACGAGGCCAAGAUCCUGUGCUCCUCUCAUUGCAAAUGUGUCGGAUGCAAGAACUUUGAGGAGAGUCCAGAGCGCAAGACCUUGAUGCACCUGGCCGAUGCGGCGGAGGUCCGGGUCCAGCAGCAGACGGCCGCUAGGACCAAGCUCUCCUCACAGCUCCAAGACUACCCAACCAAGACCAGGGAAUUCAGCGAUACAGGAGAGAGGUUACCAUUUUCAUUCAUCACCAAAGAGGUGGCAGAGGCAACGCUCCAGUGUCUGAUGGCUCAAGCCGAUGAGAGCGAGCGAAGUAACCACAGCUCAGCCUAUGCGGAAUCCCUUAUCUUAGAAGAGUUUGGACGAUGCAUACUUCAAGUUAUCCACUCUGCCAGUAAAGCAAAAGGUGUGAAUCCUGAGUAGUGUCUUCCAAGUUCCUAGGAAUUCUCUAUCAGUGUAGAUUCAUCACCAGGGGAGAAUUUCAUCAACGUUUGGUGUCCGACAAGUCAGCUCUGACAGUUUCCUUGAAUUUGAUUGGCUGAGAAGCAAUGUUACUAUGGCAACUGUUGGAUGAAAUAGGGCUUGUGGGAUGCAAAAUGUCCGACAAGUCCUUCCUUGAAAUCCUCCCCAGAUAUCUCCAGUACAGAAUACAUCACGGCAAUUACUGGGCUUGUAUGGUACUAGGGCUCCUUGAACAUAAUUCUUCCACUCAGAGGGGGGUGUUUCACAAAGAUUUAACUGUGACUAAAUGGCACAUGGCAUGAAGCUUGCGAUAAAUUGCAAGUCUAUUUUCAAUCCCUGAAUCAUUCAUCUGUCUUGUAAUUGAUUGUAAAUUUGUGAUCGAUUGCCAAUCUGCUUCUUGCAAGAAGGAGUGUAAUCCGGGGCCGUUUCAUAAAGCUGUUCGCAAGUUAAGAGCGACUUUAAGAACGACUGGUGAUCCUUUCUCGUAAAUGAUAUCCAAAGAAAUGUUCAUUUGCGAUGGUUUAGCGCGUAAGAAAGGUUCACCAGUCGUUCUCAAAGUCGCUCUUAACUUACGAACAGCUUUAGGAAACACCCCACUGGGCCCCAUCUUACAAAGAAUUGCGAUUGAUUCGAUCAAUCACAACUAUGGACGGCCAGCAACAUCAACAUCUAUUAUGCAUCUUUCUUCACAAUAUUUUCCAACUAUGAUGUAUAUUGAAGCAUUCAUUGUUUCCUUCCACUGUGCUUCUCUUUGUUUACGAAGGACAUUGUGCAAAUUUCCUGUAGAAAAAAUUAUGACACUGAUGGAUUUCCAUAAAAUUAUAACUGAUUGGAUCAAUCGUAACUCUUUGUAAGGUGGGGCCCUGAUUUGCUACAGCUAAAAUUGGUCUAUUGUAAAAUAACAAGCAAACAUUUGCAAUUGAUUGCAAAUAUUUUCUUGCAACACCCCCUUAGAGUCAUGCUUAAAUGCUGAUGUGCUCAUGAUAUUCAACGCACAAUCUUUGCUUGAUUUGACCUACGUGGUGAUGCCUUUCAUAUCGCACGCAACUUGGAUUUCAAUUGCGACUCUGAGUCACACUUAACUCUUCUGUGAAACACCCCCCAGGUCUCGCUUCAUUCCUACGGUGGUGGAAAGUACAGUAUCUUUCUAAAUGCUCAUGUACAGUUUUGAUAGGAAAAAGAAUUUUGGUGUGAAAGUGAUAAGUAGAGGCUCACAUUGCCGUGUGCGAAAGCUAGAUGUGAGAUCAACCAAAAAUUUGCUUAUGAGAUCUGUUCAACACAUUUUAGUUUUGAAUUGAGGAAACCAUGUAAGGUUUGCUAAUAUAACCUAUGCUAAAUUCCCUCAAGCUGACCAAUACCUGCAUUAUGAUAACUUGCAACACACUCAUGCUUAAAUAACCUCUAAUUGGAGUAUAUUUCGUUUUGUACGUAGGCUGGGUAAAUUCAUAUUGAGGAUUUUAUUCUUUCUUAAAUUACACUCAUUAUCAUACCCUUUGUAUUCAUUCUAUGAAAACAUUCAAGGCAACGUCUACCCCUGCAUCAAGUUUGAUAACAUAUCGAAAAAUCAAAGCAUGAAAUUGACAAAUCUCAAUAUUUCUGGGUAUAAAAUAAGAAAAUAAGAAUGAGAGAGAUGGUGACAAUGUAUUUCAUUGCAUGAAAUAUUCAACACUUCAAAUAUUUUCUCUGAUAAUUUUACAUGGAUGGACUUCACUGUUAAGAUGUUGAAGCAUUGAUGAUUCAAUAAAGGGCUGCUUUAUUUUGUAUCAGGGGCCCGUUGCAGAAAGAGUUGCAAUCAGUCGCAACUCUAAAAAUCAUGUGCAACUUGAUUUUCAACCAAUCAACAGCACGCAUUUGGGACUUGCGAUUGAUUUUUUGGCUUGCGUUUAAACGCAACUCUUUCUGCAACGGGCCCCUGAUCUGCAUAAAAUGACAACUACGUUGUGUACUAGCAUAUAAUGAAAUGCAAAAGAAAUAGUGUGUGUAACGUCAUUGGCUCCUUCAUUUGCAUAUCACCCUUGUGUAUAUCACUGUUAUGUGAAAUCAAGCAAAACUUUUAAAGCCUGGCUCACAUUACACUGGUUUUUUAAAGAAAAUGUAUUAGCACAUGAUUAGAUCAUUCCAAUCUAUAAAGUCUUAAUCAAAAUUCCAAAUAGCUGAUGAAUACUGAAAUCAAACUUUCAGCCUGUUUUGAGACUGCCUGCAGGAAUAAAAGGAAAAUUCAAUUCUAAAUUGUAAUGAUGUCAUCAUCGGCUGCGGCAACAAGCUGAUUUGGACUUUACUCCGGCCCCGAGGCUUUCAGCAAAGCAUAUUUCUUUUUUUUUUGUAGUAGUAUUUUAAGCAUUGUGCCACACUUAAAUAACACAACUUUACUUCUUGUAAUUGUCACAUUUAAUGCAAAAUGCCCGGGGGGGCCACUUACAUUGACGAGUGGAUACCAUGCGCGACCAAAAAAACACGUAAAAAGGAUGUCUUUUUCAAGAUAGGGCACGUUACAUACUGUACGUAACGUGAUAAGGGUGUCAAAAACACUAAAAUAAUGAAAAAAGGGUAUCUAUUUUCGCUAGGAAAGCUACGUGUUUAAGGUCAAAUUUGCGAGGGUGUAAAAAAAUUGAGACUAAAAUUUUUUAUAAAGGAUGUACUUUUGCCCAAAGAGUCAACACUACGUGUUUAGAGUUCGAUUUGGGCGAGAUGUGGGAGGUGGGGCUGUACUACACCCAAUGAUGUGGGUGAAGGUAGGCCGACGUCCGUGACAACAAUAAAAAUAUUGCUGUACUUGUUUAGGGGGUCAAUUCAGGGAACUUGCCAAGAGUAUCGUUUUGUUUCCAAUACUUGUUAAGGGUAUGGUUUCACACGCCAAUACUUGCAUUUUCAGAAAAUGGAAAAUACGUGUUUAGGGUGCUUUUCGCGACC